GUUCUGAUGGUAGGGACCAGAUUUCACAACUAGCAGACGACCAAGUCUAGCAGACGGCGCAUAACUAGCGUCGUUCGCGGGCGUUCGUGAUUUUCUUUUAAAUCGAAGAUUGAUUGAACGCCGAAAUACACACCUACUGUGAAUAAAAAUUAUAUUAUUUUGUGAAACGAGUGAAAGUCGGUCAAAAUGGAUCCCGAAGCAUUCCUGGACAUGGCCAAUCAGGUCAUUAAAUUGAAAAUGUUCCCAUACUUCGAUAUCGCGCAUAGCGUUCUCUGUGCGUUACACGUCAGAGAAGAUUUAGGACCCGGUGCCCAAGCAUUCUCUCGGAAACAUCCCCUAUCAUGUUGGCUUUCCACGAUGUUGGUAGUAUUUGCAAGUGGUAUGCUAUGCAAUGGCCUUUUAGGGGAACCAAUCCUUGCACCUUUGAAGAAUACACCACAAGUAGCAGUUGCAACUAUUGUUUGGUACGUGAUAUUUUAUACACCAUUCGAUAUUGGAUACAAAGUAGCUAAAUUUUUACCAGUAAAGAUUGUAUGCGCGACAAUGAAAGAAAUAUACAGGUGUAAGAAAGUAUAUGAUGGAGUAACGCAUGCAGGAAAGCUUUAUCCAAAUGCGUAUCUUAUUAUGAUCUUAAUUGGAACGCUCAAAGGAAAUGCUGCAGGAUUUACAAAAUUAUUUGAACGUCUUAUACGAGGGAUAUGGACCCCAACUGCUAUGGAAUUCAUGCAACCUAGCUUCCCUACAAAAGCGUCGAUGGUUGCGUCUAUCAUCUUCGUUCUAGAUAAAAAGACUGAUCUUAUUUCGGCACCACAUGCAUUGGUUUACUUUGGUAUUGUUAUCUUCUUCGUGUAUUUCAAGCUGUCUUCCAUUUUACUUGGAAUUCACGAUCCAUUUGUACCUUUUGAAAAUUUGUUUUGCGCGUUGUUCCUCGGAGGAAUUUGGGAUUCGUUAGCCAAAUUAUUGGGGCGAGGCCAAGCUAAAGAUGAGAAAGCAGAUGCCAAGAAAAAGGACUAAAUGUUUGUAAACUUUAUGCAUGUAAUGUUAGAUAAUAUUAUACGCAAUUUUGUUAUUACGUAAUUUUAACGUACAUCAUUUAGGACGAAUACGACAUCUGUCUGUUUGCUUUUUCACAGGUAUAUAAAUCUCUACAAAAUUGACAUUAAUAUUAGCAAUAACAUGCUAAAUAUCAGUGAAUGGAAUCAAUUUAAUCUAGUCAGACGAUACUCGCAUGUUGAAGUGUGGCCAUCGACAAAUCAUUAAAUAUCAGAAGUACAAUAACUUAUUGUUAUACAUACAUAAUAUAUAUAUAUAUAUAUAUACACAUACAUACAUACAUACAUAUAUAUUUUAAUAAUGACAGAUGAUACAUAUUGGAGAGUACGAUUUUUACCUUUAAGAAGACCAACAGUAUUAUCUCGGUUGACAACAAUUUACCGAUGUAAUAAAGUCUGUAACUUUGUAUAAACACUCUCCAGAAUUAAUCUGACAAUUUUAUAAGAAUAACGUUAUGUUUGUUAAAGAUGACGCGUAACUAACAAUUGGUUAUUUUUCAUCAAAUUAUUCUGAUAAAUUACGAUGCAGAAAGAUAAAACAUGAUUAAUUGAAUAUUAAAAAUAUGUCCCUUGUUGAUUUUUAAAAAUAAUCUAUAUUUCACAAAUGUUUUAACAAUCGAAUUUAAACGUUGUUGACAUAAUAUUUUGUAGCAUGAAAUGCAACUUUUUUUGCAACGUAAAUGUGUGUUAAGAGCAUUGGCAUAACUAAAUGCGGACUACAAAUACAACGCGUAGUCAUAUGAUGCGUGGUGAUAUAAUAUGUGGCAAUUUAAGGCUGGUUCUCCUCAGACAAAAAUUCGAGUUACGUAAAAGAAUACGAGUUAUUGAGGACAUUUUGAAAUUACUAAUUUAUUGAGCGGUACUUACAGAAAAGAAAUCUAAAAAAAAAGAUAUACUCAGAUUAACAACAAUUCAGUGCAAAGAGAUAUUCAAGUGUUUAUACAAUUUUUAACAAUGAUAAUACAAAACAUAAUCAACGAGGGAAAUUACACCUCUUUUAUACUAUUUUAUUACAAUGACAUACCGUCGGUUAGAACCUACCACAUAUAUGUAUCAAAUAUUUGCCUUCGAUUUAACGAUAUGAACAUAAUUUACUAUGAAAAUUAAAUAAUGUAAUUUUCAUAUAAUAUUCCAUUUGACGAAACGUUAUACAUUUUCAUGUAAUAAAACGAAGUUUUCUCUAU